UAUAUAUCUCUCUCUUUCUGACUCUGAUCAGUCACGCACAGUACGAACAAAUGGAUUCAAGCCAGCUAAAGCCAGACCCAGAGAUAGCUCUUGAGGUUUUUCCCUACCUUAGAGUAUUCAAAGAUGGAACCGUGGAAAGGAUCGCCGGGACCCAAGUCGUUCCCGCUGGCGUCGAUCCUCAAACGGGUGUUGAAUCCAAAGACAUAGUCAUCGCACCAGAAACCAGCGUCUCGGCCAGACUCUACCGUCCAAAUCUCCCGGGAAAGAACCACAAAAAGGUUCCUCUAGUUGUCUAUUUUCAUGGCGGAGCAUUCUGCAUAUCUUCGGUCGCUGAUCCUCUCUACCACCACAGUCUCAUCAUGCUGGUUGCUGAUGCUAACGCCAUCGCCAUCUCCGUGGAGUACAGUCGGGUCCCGGAGCAUCCCCUUCCAGAUGCAUACGAGGACUGCUGGGCUGUGCUCCGGUGGGUGGCCGCCCAAGCUGUGGGAGAUCAUCACGAGCAGGAGCCAUGGCUCAAGGAUUACGUUGACUUUGGGAGAGUAUUCUUGGUGGGAGACAGUGCCGGUGCUAAUAUUUCGCACCACUUAGCCCUACGAGCCAUGAACUCCAAACUUCCCGGAAACCUAAAGAUCCUCGGCAUCGGCUUAAUCCAUCCCUACUUCUGGGGAGAAAGCCCCAUCGGUUCGGAGGUCACAGAACCGGUGAGAAAAGCAAUGGUGGACAACUGGUGGCGCUACGUAUGUCCAUCUGAGGACAAAAGCUGCGAUGAUCCACUCAUCAAUCCCUUUACCGACGGAUCUCCGAGUCUCGCCGGCUUGGCCUGCGACAAGAUACUCGUCAUCGUAGCCGAGAAAGACAUCCUGAGGGAUAGGGGAAAGCUUUACUAUGAAAACUUGGUGAAAAGCGGAUGGAGUGGGUCGAAAGAUAUCAUGGAAACCCCAGGAGAAGAUCAUGUCUUCCAUAUCUUUGAUCCCAACAGCGAAAAGGCGAAGAACUUGAUUAAACGCUUGGCUUCGUUCAUCAAUGAAUGAUAUUUGUUAUUAUCUUUCCAGUCAUGUGAAUGUGUAGAUUUUCUAGGCGUGGAAAAUUGCUGCUGUUACUGUUAAUUGGCUUUGUUUAUGGAAGAAAAAUAAGCAGAUGUAAAGCGACCUUUGCGGCAGAUCAUAUCGUCAUGAUCUCUUGCUUUACAUGUAUAUUUGUCUUGCUUUGAAUUUUGGGGUUACAAAUAUUUAUCCAUAUUUUGUAAUU